AUGUCGAUUUCUGACGAGACCGCCGCCGCCGCCGCAACAUCUUCCAACUCGGCCAUGCCCCCUCGAUCCCCCAAACGCUCACAUGCCGACCUCGACGAGCCGGUCGAAUCGGCCAGCAAGCGCUCUCGCGCUGCGAGCCCCUCAGACGACGAGGCUAAGACCCGCGCCACGACGGCUGCCAUGGCGAAUGCUUCUUUGACGGGCGAGGAGGAGGAAACGCGGGGUGGCGCGAUGGAUAUCGCGGCGGAAGGGCAACGUGCUGCUCCCGCAACAGAAACCGCAGCAGAGAGUGUAGCAACAGCCCCAGAAUCACAACCCUCAACAAAGGAAACCCACGACGGCGGCCCCGAAACAACAACAUCGACGACGACAACGGCGACGAUAGGGACAGCGCCGAGGAGCAAAAUGUGCGGCGUGUGUAACGAGAAGGAGGGAAAGUACAAGUGCACGCGCUGCGUCUUGCCGUUCUGUUCCGUCUCGUGUAAUAAGAUCCACCGCGAAAACCACCCUCCAGACCCUGAACCGUCCGCUGCUGCCGCCGCCGCGAACCCCUCCAACGCUAGCGACCUUGCUCUUGAACCCCCUCCGUCCGGCGUGCCGAAGCCGUCCCACGACCCCAGGAACCCGUUCAGCGUCCUUGACGACUCGGACCAGCUCCGAUACCUCUUUCGGCGAUAUCCGGGCCUGCAAGCGCGGCUGCUCGAGAUCAUAGCUGCCACCGAGCCGCCGCCCGAGAUGCAGUCCACGGGGGGCAGCCUCAACGACAUGAUGAAGGCGCGGGCGAUGGCGGCCGCGAACCCCAAAAAAGAGCAGUGGACGCACGACGUCGGCAUCCGCAAUGGCAAGAAGGCCCUGCACAAGGCGAGAAACGCGUCGGGCGAAGAUGGCGAGGGCGUGCGAGAAUACAUCGAGCUAAUCAAUCACCUCAUGUCAGAGGCGAGUGCGGCCGCCGAGGCGGAGGAGGUGAUCCGAAAACAGGCCGCCGAGAAGGAUGCGGAGCUCAUCAGGCGUCUGAUGACGGAGGAUCGAGGCUGA